AUGGAUCUAGAAGAAGCCCCAGACUCAGAGGGUUCAGAAAAAUCAGAACUUUUCUCACAGAAGGAAGAAGAAGAAUUUGACGAAGGAGAAGAGGAGGAAGACGAGGAGCAGAAAGAGGAAGAGGAGGAGGAGGAAAAAGGGGAGGAGAAGGUAAAGACAGGCCUUCUUAAUCCUCUCUUGCAACCCAUUCUCACAGGGGAUGUAGACAGUUUGCAGAAGAUUUUUGAGGAUCCAGAGAACCCUCUUUAUGACCAGGCCGAACACCUCCUCUUGGAAGAAGACAUUGUCAGAAGAAAUUUGUUGUAUGCAGCUUGCAUGGCUGGGCAAAGUGAAGUGAUUAGAGUUUUGGCAAAAUAUGGCGUGAAUCUGAAUGACAACACAGCCAGAGGUUAUACACUCUUACACUGCGCUGCAGCCUGGGGGCGCCUGGAAACUUUGAAAGUGCUCGUGUUGGAACUGGAUGUUGACAUAGAAGCUCUGAACUUCCGGAAAGAGCUGGCUCGAGAUGUGGCUGCUCGGUAUUCCCAGACCGAGUGUGUUGAAUUCCUGGACUGGGCAGCUGCAAGGCUGGCUCUGAGAAAAUAUAUUAUGAAGGUCUCUACAACUCUUGCAGAAUUAGAAAAGGGACCAGGGAGACUCUUCAAAGAAGACAAGAAUACCAUCCUCAAUGCGUGCCGUUUAAGGAGUGACUGGUUGGAAACCCAUUUGGAAGCUUUGAUCAAUGAGAUUUUUGAGCAGAAACAACAGUUGGAAGAUAUUGUGACUCCUAUCUUCCUAAAAAUAUCUACACCACGUCAAGUGAGAAGUGCCAAGUCUGUAACCUAA